UGACAUGAACCGUAUUAAUAUAUAAUUUACCCACACAUAUACACGAUGUGACUUUCGAAUGUAUGAGCAUCAGCACCGUAGAUGUGUGAGUGGAAACAAAACCGAACCAAAGAGAUGAAAUAAAGAAGCCGAAAAUAUGUAAAAGGAAGAAAUAUUUCUGCUACGUAUCUGACAUUUGUGUUUUUUUCUUUCGAUUCGUACUAGAAAUGAUUUGAAAAGACUAAAUAUUUAUUCCCAUUUUGAAAAACUCGAGAAAAAAAAAUCCCAUUAAAUAUACUUGUGCUAGAAGAGAAAUGAUUUGUAUAACAUAAAAAUCUAAGUUUUCUUGCUGUGCUAAAAAUACACAUAAUACAGCAUCAUUCUGAAAAAAAUGAGCUACUGAUUUGUCUGUCAAUUUCCAAUCUGUUUGAUUGGUGAAACCUUUCUAUUGGAUCAUAUUCUCCAUCAAAUAUCAAGUGAAAAACGUAAAAUAAAUUGAAUCAGUGGAAAAACAUCAUUGAAAUCAAAUGGUUGAUUUAGUUUCUUAGGGUGAUGUUUCAAUCAUAGCAUGAAUAUAGAUGAGCAAACGCUUAUUUGUGACAUCUUUGGCUCUGCGCUGCAUUGUGCAAAAUUGUUAACAAUAUAAGAAGAGAAAAGUGUAUUCAUGAAGGCGGCAUUCGCAAGUCGUAUCUUCAUUUGAAAAAAAAAUAUGUAAAGGAUCUUGUGCAACCGAUAGAUUUUUCCUCAGCAUUGAACAUCACUGUAACACAACAAAUUGAAGGUAGCUACAUAUAAAAAUCUGCGUUACAUUUAGAAUUGAAGUAGCCGUGCAUUUCUUCUGUUUUGCGGUAAUGAAAUAUUUCACCGCUCGCUAUUGAAACUAUUCGUUUUAUCAUUUUAUGUGUGUCUUUAUUUCUUCAAAUUUGAUCACUCUUUUUGACAAACUCAAAUCAGAAUUCAAUGGCCUAUGCAAAUAAAUGUGUUAAAAUCUCAACCCAAUAAAUGUUUUUCCUGGUUUACAGUCUUUGUGUUGCAUGUUGUAGGCACAUUAUGCAUUUUUUUCAUCAUCUGCACCCAUUUUUAUGAGCAAACUUCAUAUGCACACUUCAUUUUUCUCAUUUUUGUACAUUACAAUCGAACAGAAUUUCGUGCGUUCGGAAUUUUUUCAUGUUUUCUUCUUGUAUACAUAUCGGUGGAAAUCACCUGACUUUAUGACAAACAUUCGAGAAAUCAAUCUUUCAUAAAUUCCAUACUACACACAUUCAGAGACAGAAAUCAAUAUUGGGGCAGUGCAUAUUUGUUGAAAAAGGGUAACUGUUAAUUGAAGAAGGUAAACAAUCGAGAAGAAAGCAUCCAGUUACUCAAAAUAUACAGCGGUGGAUUUAACGCAAGGGUAGUGAUAAAAACUCAAUAUGGAAAGUCCCGGCGCUGCUGGAAGGCGUCGUGGAACUCCUCGCAGCAAUGUGGAAGAUCAGGCUCUAGAUCAAAUUGCUAAAGAGGCCGAAGCACGUUUGGCACAACGAAGACUUGCUCGAGCAGAGGCACGUGACAUUCGUAUGCGUGAACUUGAACGCCAGCAAAAAGAGCAAGAACAAAAUGCAGAUCGAGCAUUUGAUAUGCAAACGGCUGGUUUAGAUCCAACGACGCGAUCUUCGCGCUUUGCAAUGUCAUCAGGUGCAUUGGGUGCAUUACGUAGCGGUGCAAUGUCAUCACGUCGCAGUAGUGAAGACUCCUUAGAAGAAGAAGGUCGUAGCCUUCGAGACAUAAAACAAGAAAUAAAGGACAUGGAAGAACGGUAUAGGAAAGCUAUGAUAGCCAAUGCACAGUUGGAUAAUGAGCGUGCAUCAAAUACAUAUCAAAUUCAGUUGUUAAAAGACAAAGUGGAGGAAAUGGAAGAGAUCCAUGCCCAACUUCACCGCGAACAUAAAGAGAAAUGUCGACAAUUCGAUACAUUAAAGCGAACAAAUGAAAAACUAAUGGAAGACUUGAGAUUAGUUCAAGGUCAAUUGAAUGAGCGUGACACACUUAUAGCUAACGAAGGGAUGACAAUAGUUUCCAUUGAGAACGAGGAUGGCUCAGACGCAAGGCGAGCUCUAGUCAGUGCGGAAAAUGCACAAUUAUUAGACACUCAUCAAGGCUCUUUAGAUGUGCGAUUGAAAAAAUUCACCGAAGAGAAACAAGCAUUGAGAACUGAGAUCGAGCAGCUACAUCAACAACUGAUCGCUGCCAAAACACAGAGGCGGUCCGGAUCCCAAAACGGACCCGUCGACGAUGAAGACUACGAGGAUGCUCAGAGAGAGGCAAACAAGUUAAUAUCAGAUUAUAAGUAUAAAUUGACGAAAUCUGAACAGGAAAUAGCUAGUUUACAAGCAAGCCUGGCACGUUCAGAGACUCAAGUAAUCCGCUACAAGAGUACGGCAGACGCUGCCGAAAAAGUUGAGGCCGAACUCAAAAUUGAACGACGGAAACUUCAGCGAGAGAAUCGAGAAAUGAUGGAAAAACUGGAAGAGCUAGAAACAUCUCACAAUCAUUUGCUGAAACGCUUGGAUAAACUGAAGAAUGCAAAAAGUACUCUCCUCAAAGAAUUAUGAUCAACAAACAAAUGGAAAAAGUCUGAUUAAGCGAACAAUCUAACAAAAGCAAUUAGCUAUGUUUUUAGAGUAAAAAUCUGUUUUCCAACUCCAAAUGGAAUUGGUGAAAAGAAUGUAAAAAAAUCCAACAACGGAUAAUCUGCAAAUGUAUUUUGGAAGUUUCGUCAAUCUUUCAUAGAAUAGCCCGUUUAAAUAAGUUGCCAAUUUAAAAGCUGCUUGUUGCUUCACAACAUUUUUACAUCUCAUUCAAACUGGAAUAUUGAUUUAGGAAUUUUGCAUGAGUUUUAGAAGAAAAAGAAAGAAACAGCCAUUAACAUAUAUAUUUAGUUAAUUUUCAAUCAAUAAAGCAAGAAAGUACGCGUAGUUGAAAUUGUUCGCAAUUGCACACAUGUUUAUGGCAUAAUAACAGUUGAAUUAACAACAUGUGACAGUUUAUCAAUACUCAUACUGGAUGAGUGGCGGUCAUAACGCCCGGAUGGACAGCAUACUCUAAUGUAAUAGAAAACACAGAAGCAUGCCAUCCGUCCGGGGCGUUAUGACGGUUACCCGACUGGAUAAUCCUUUCUGGAGAAAGGGACACUUGGAUUGGUGCAAAUUUCAGUUUUUCGAUGCAGUCCAGGAAUUUCAUUUGCAAUAUCGCUGACUAACAUUUCCGUGGAAAAUGAAAUGUUUCGCCACUAUUUCUCAGUAGUUUUUAGUGUGUAUUUUUUGAUUUAAUUUAUAUGUAAAAUAAAUAACAUUUUUGUUCGAAAUUCAUCAAAA